UGUAUCGGUAAUUUGUUAAUGUUAGAUAGUAUUAUAGAUAGUUUUUAUUUAAAAAAAAAUGGAUCAGUAAGAAAACAAAAUUAGAUUAAGCUCAACACAAAACAAACACCAAGAGAACUGAACUUUUGAUAAUAUAUUAGAAUAUGCAUUCUGCUCAAAGGACCAAGUUCCAAGAAAAUGUACAGAACUCUUCAGUAGAUAAUAAAGAGAAUAUGUCUGAGAUACCAGAAUGUUUUCUGCAAAGUGCUAGAAUGGUAAAGACAGAUGUUUGCUCCUUGAGUAGAAAACUUGCUAGUCUUCAAGAAGAACCUCUAACAUCCAAAGAAUCAGAAUACUUGUGUUCCAAAAGUACUGAUGUAGGAAAUAUUAAAAUUUGUAAGGAUACGAAUCAAACUACAUAUCCAUGUCAAGAUAAACAAAAUCUCAUUGAUAAAGAUGACCAACAACUGCACAUUUGUAAGUCAGAUAUUUCAACACAUCAGAGUUUAAGUUUUGAAUCAAUACCAAGAACAGAGUUAACUUAUACAGUUACUGGUACACCUGAGUUAAAAGUUAGAUAUAUCUCAAGACUUCCUUCUGCUAAGAGAGUUGCAGUUUCUUCUGAAGAUUCAAAUAAAAAUUAUCAACCGAGUGCUUCCUCAUCACAAUCUCAAAACCAUAUAAUUACACCAGCAGGAAUGAAAAGAAAAGGGAUUUUCACACCGUUGUCUUCUCAUAUCAAUGGAAAAACUUCUUCCAAGUAUGACUUCUCAGUACAUUUGCAAAAAGCUACACCCCGUUCUUCAGUAAUUAAGAUGAGAGAUCACAGUGAUAGUGAUAUAAAAGAAAGUCAUAAAAAUACUAAUGUACAGCAUCAAGCAGAAGAUAGGAGUAAACCACAUUUGAAGAGACAGGUACACAGUUUAGAAUCAUUGAAACAAUCUCAAGUUUCAUACUUUUCCAAUCCUGACAGUUAUACUGGUGACUUACUACCCAUUUCUGGAAAGUUGUCUGGUAGAGCAGAAAUAACUCAGCAUGCUUCACUUAGCUCAAUGAAGCAAGAAAGUGAGUCCACAAACAGCCAGUCUCUCUCUCAGUUUCUUCGUCAGCUUCUCACUCCACAAUGUAAUAGGACAGUAUCAGCAAAGGACAAAGACUAUGUACCUACUGUUGUUCGUACAAUUAAUAGUGCUAGAAGUAGAGGAGAACCACCACCUCCAAUCUUCAAAAUUAGACAUAGUGUCAAAGAAGGUGGUGAUGAAAAUGGUGUGCUGAAAGGGGUAGACUCGCUUGAAAAUACAAGCCAUACAGAGGAAGCCACAGGAUCACGUGUUCUUUCAUCCCAGUUGCUGGAUUCACUGUCAUCAUCAACAAUAGCUAGGGAUAUUUCAAGUAGGAAUUUAAAUGCGACUGACAGUGAAGUGAGACCUCAAGACAGUGGCCAGAAUAAUGAAUUAAAUGUGUCUCGGCAGAGAGCAGCGGCCUCACAGUCAAGAGAUGUGCCAUCUAAAGUUCAGGAAAAUUUACCUUCAAUGCCAAAUUAUAGUGAAAUUUCUGAACCCCCCUCUGAUCAUCUCCACCAUCGAGCAGUUCCUGGCACACAAGAGACCACAUCCGCAAAUGAGGCCCUUGGAAAAAAUACUUCCAGGUAUCAACCUAAAAAUCUUGACCUGUCAAAACAAUAUCAAGCUCCAACAUUAGAUUCCAGUUUCUCUCAUGAGCAAAAGAAUGUGGGAAAAAGUGGCGCUUUAGUGGUGAAUGGACGUAGAUAUCAAAUUUUAAAUGUUCUAGGAAAAGGAGGAUCUAGUAAGGUUUACCAAGUGAUGGAUCAAGAACAGAAGUGUACACUGGCAGUCAAAGUUGUUAGUUUUGAGAAAGCUGACAUUUCGACAAUGGAAGGGUAUAAAAAUGAAGUCAGAGUAUUACGCAGUCUUCAAGGAAGCAGCCGAGUUAUCAAACUUUAUGACUUUGAAUACCAGCCUGAUCAAAACAGACUUCUGAUGGUCCUUGAGAAAGGUGACUCUGAUUUGAAUGCAGUGAUUCGAUCUAUCAGAAGCUCAGAACCCCUGGACCCAAUCACAGUUAAAUUCUACUGGGUAGAAAUGCUUAAAGCAGUGGCUGAGAUUCAUAAGGCUGAUAUCAUCCAUUCUGAUCUCAAGCCAGCCAAUUUCCUCUUGGUUGGAGGAAGGUUGAAGCUGAUUGACUUUGGAAUUUCUAAUGCCAUUCAGACUGACAUGACUAGUGUUUUCAGAGAUACACAGGUUGGAACAAUAAACUUUAUGCCACCAGAAGCUCUUCUAGAUGUGUGUGAAGCUCCUCCUCCAACAGAUGGAACCAAGAGAAAGCCCAAGAUCAAAGUUAGUCCAAGAUCAGAUGUAUGGUCUCUUGGAUGUAUAUUAUAUAAUUUGGUCUAUGGUCGAACACCUUUUCAACAUAUCCAAAACAUUAUUGGCAAGGUCCAAGCUAUUACCAAUCCCAAUUAUCAGAUAAACUUUCCAUCAAUUGAUGAUGUAGAUCUACUGGAUGUUAUGAAAUCAUGUCUUGUGAGAGAUCCAAAGCAGAGACCUACAAUUGAAGAACUGUUGAAGCAUUCAUAUGUUAUGAAGCAAACACCAAAACCUAAAGAACUAGCCGGUUAUAAUGAUGUUAUCCGUGAAUUACAACAUCUGACCCCUACAAGAAUUGAUGCUGUAUUAAAGGAGAUACAGAGGCUUAAAACUACUAAGUAACCUGACAGAAACUGGCAGAAAAGUAACUGUACUAAUGUAAGGUGAUGUAAUGUACUGCAUUAGGGUAACAAACUGAGCAGAUUCUUUAUUUCUUUUUAUGAUCAAGAAAUAUUGUUUUUUUUUAUUUGCCUCGUAUAAAACUGGCUGGAUGAAUUUCUAUGAUUAAACAACUUUUUUUUUCUUCAAUCAUUAGCAAAAAACAAAGGAUUGGCAUGAUUUGACAUUUUGAUGAAAAUAGAAUGUUUACUUGAACUUCUUGAAACCUCUUGCAAUAAGACUAUUUGAACUUUUUUUGUUGUACAUACAAUACAUACUCAAUUAAAAGUUUGUACAGUGUUACUGUAUCUUGAAUAUAUUUCAUUUGGUCAGAAAUUAUCAUAGUAUAUUAUUUAGGUACCUUUACCAGUUAAAAACUGUAAAAAAAGAACAAUGCCCUUUAUAUAUGUAUUUUUUUUUUGUCGUAUAGUAUGUACCACAAGUAUCAUAUAUGAAACUAUUACCACUUUAUAACAUCAAAGUAUUUGGUGAUUAUCAUUUUUAAAUGUCAUUUUAAUGAUUUUUUAGAAGUUACUAAUACACACGAUACAAAUAAGUGUUAACUACAUAAUUGGAGUUACAAGUUCCACUAAAGGCCAGCUAGACUGUUUUUUAAUGAAGUUGUAUCGUUGUUGUAUAGUUUCAAAGUUCAGAAAAUCUCUUCUUGUGAUGUCAGUGUACACUCUAUAGCAUAACAGCUUUUAAUGAAAAUUGAAACAAGUUAAAGGUGUUCACUCUUUAGCAUAACAGCUUUUAAUGAAAAUUGAAACUAGUUAAAGGUGUUCACACCAUGAAAGGUCAGAAGCUACAUCUUUUUAUUUUCUGAAAGUUCUAUACCUGUUACCUAACAAAGUUCCACAUCAUAGGGUUGAGUUAUGUUCAAUUUAUAAACACGAUGUAAAUACAUUUUUAAUAUUUUCUUUUGUGUAGUGAUAAGAUAUUUUCUAACUUUUUUAUCAACCAAAAUGAAAAAUAUAUUUAGUACUAAGUGUUUUAUCCUGACACAUUGUGAAUGCUGAAAGAACAGUAUAUAUUUAUUUUAAAGUAAAAUAAAAUGGCAAACGUUCUUUGAUUUUAUCUAUGUUAGCAUUCAUAAAUGUGUAUAUAGGAUUUAUUUUUCUACUUCAGUAAUGAGAAUUUUUUCCCAAACGGUAGACUUUGAUAGCAACUGAUGAGACCUGUAAUGGUUGGAGACGGCUUGAAUGGGUAAUGAAGAAAAACUUUAAUAUAAGUUUAAUAUAACAGC